AUGAACGUUAUAAGCUAUUCAAAAAUUUAUUUAGUUUUGAUUUUUACCAUAAUAAACAACUUUAUUUAUACGAAACAUAUCGAUAAAUAUUUAAUUAGUAAUAAAAUAGCUCUUUCUCAUUAUGAUGCUAAUAAAAAAUUGUAUGAAUAUAAAAACUUAAGAAAUAAUUUUUUUAUAUCAAAUAAUGGAUUAGCCCUAAAUCACAAAAAUGGAAGGAAACUUAAGAGAAAUAAAGUUGUACAUGCAGAAAAAAUUAAAAAUCUUAGUUCAUUAGUAGGUGGAUAUGUAAAAAUAAAUCGAGGCCAAUUUAAAUUAUGUAAAGGUGUUAUAUUAGACGUCAGAAAAACAGAUAAAGAGGAAUAUGAACUAUUAGUUGUAAUUAAUAGAGAUCAGUCUAAUCAAUACCCCAAAAGCAUAUUAAAUAAAUUCGGAAAAAGUUAUUGGUUUAAUAUUAAAGAUGUAGAAAUUCAAAAGCUCAAAGAUUUGUUUUUUCAUAAUUAUAAUAAUUUUUAUGAAAAGAAGGGAAGAAAUGAUGAUAAUGAAAUAUUUGAAAAUAACCAAAACGUUGAAACUUUAAAGGAAAGUAAAGAUGAAGUUGACCAAUUGGACUGGGUCCCUCAAAAAUCAAUUGUAGAAAACGAAAAUGACGAAACAAAUCAAAUAAAUGACAUUAAAUUUUUCUUAAACAACGAGUUGAGUGAAAAUACGAACACCCCCAUCGAUUUAACCGAUUUAAGCAAUUUAAACGAUUUAACCGAUUUAACCGAUUUAAUAUCGCCCCAUGAUGAAAACAAAAAAGAGGUUGUAAAUUCUGAACAAGAAACUUCACCAGACCCAUCUAACCAAUAUAACAAAGAUGUUGAUAAAAUAGUAUUUGAAACAGGAAAUGUGGAUGUGAACAAAAAAACGGAGGAAACAGGUGAUGAAAAGGGUGAGGCAAAACAGCUGACAAAGUUAAAGGAACAUUACAGCGAAGACGAAAUGAGCAAUCCGAAAAAUAUCCAAAAUCAGCAAAACUUAUUUUGUCAUAAAGUCGUAAAAGAAAUUGAAAAAAAUUAUUUUUAUGAAGAUUUGCUAAAUUUAUAUAAAACUAAAAGACAUCUUUCAAACAUUGUUGUAUGUUUUUAUAUUUUAAAACAAUUACUUAAAAUUUAUAAUUUUGAAAUGAAUAAUAUAACCUCAAGAAAUAAUUUUAUAAAAAAUGUUAUUCACAAUAAUACAUUUGAAUUAAUCUUAUUAGAUAUAAAUAAAUUUUUGGAAAAAAAACAAAUAUAUAGAGUAGUUGAUAAAACAUGGCUUUUAUGGAUUUUAGUAAAAUUAAAUAUUCACAAAGAAAAUAAAUAUAAAGAAAUAUUUGGAAAUAUAUUAAAUUUUAUUAUAAGUUAUAUAAAUUUUAAUAUUUUAAAUAAAUUAAAUACAAAAAGUAUAUGUGCUAUUUUUUGGAGUUUAGCUAAAUCUGGAUAUAUUGGGGAUGGAAAAAUUUAUGAAAAAAUUAUAUAUUUUUUGAGAAAAUAUAUAGACAUAUUAACAUGUCAAGAUAUUUCUAAUAUUUAUUAUUCAUUGUCUCUUAUAAAUUAUAAAGAUGAUUGUAAUUUUUUUGAACUUUUAGAAAAUGAAAUUAAUAAAAAUAUUAACAAAUUUACUGUCCAAAGUCUUAUAAAUAUAUUAUGGUCUAUGACAAAACAAAAAAGAAAUAACACAACUUUUGCAUUAAUUAAAGAUAAAUUAUUAUUUUAUUCAAAUAAUUUAAAUUUAAGAAAUAUAAGUAUAUUUUUAUGGUGUCUACAAAAAAAUAAUUAUUAUAAAAUUGAUAUAAAUUUUCAAGGAAAAAAUUUUCAAAAUUUAAAUAUAAAACAAGCUAUGCAAUUAUUAUUUUUUUUUAAUUAUAAUAAAGAAAAAUAUAUUGAAUAUUUAAAAUAUGUUCUAAAAUUCUUAUUUCAAAAUAUUAAUAAUUUAACAAAUCACGAAUUAUCUUUUUUUACAUAUUCUUUAUCAAAAUUACAACUAUUAGACAAUACUUUUUUAAAAAUUAAAAAAAAUAUUUUACAAAAAAAUUAUAAAACAUUCAAUGUAAUAGAUAUAAACAUGAUACUUUUAUCACUUAAUAAUAGUAAUAUAUUUGACAAACAAUUACUAAAAUAUUUAUUUAAUGCAUUAAAAUAUAUUCUGAACACACAUAUCAAGACUAAUAUUUCUUUGGCAAAUAUUUCCUUGGCAAAUAAUAAUGGGAUAUAUAUUCAAAGGGAUGAUAAUAAAAUAUUUUUUGAAAACUUAAAUUAUAUAAUUAAAAAUUUAUCUGAAAUGAAAAUUUUUGAUAAAGAAAUUAUUUUGAAAUAUGCAUAUUUAUAUUCUUCUAAUUUAUGUAAUAAUAUUAGUGUAGACAUUUUUGCUGAUUACCUUUUUUACACAACCGCUAUAAUCCCUUUAUCUAAAAAAAAUGACAAUUGCACCGAAAUUGGCAAUAGCUCCGAGAUUAUUAACUGCACUAACUUUUCUACAACAACAAAACGGUUAGACAACCUUUAUACAAAAUUGUUGAUUAAAACUGAACCGAUCAAAUUAAAGAUGGUAAAUUUUCAAAAAAUAUAUUCUUAUUUUUUAAAUCAUAUAAUUAUAUUUUUAAAAAAAAAACUAAAACUGUUUGAAGCUAACUCAUUCCUUUCACAUUUAGAUCAAAAUUAUAAAAAUUGUAAAAAUGAAACAUCAGUGAAAUCACAAAAUAAUGUAGUUGAUACAUUUACCUUUAAUUAUCAAACAGAAAAUAAUAUGGAUGUUCAAAAAUUAAAUGAAUUAAUAUUAGACAAUAUUCCAGCUAGCGAAAAUAAUCCUUCCCCUUUAAAGAAUAAUAUUUCAUAUUCAGAAUAUUCUAUGUUUGUGAAUAAAAGAAGAAACACAAACCGUAGUAGUGGAACCAAGUAUGACACAAAAUAUGGAAUCAAAUGUGACAAAUUUUGUUCUAGUUUUGGAAAAGAGCAAUCUUCUGAUAUCUCAAGCAAUGUCAAUGAAAACAAAAUGUCAUUACAUACUUCUCUAAAUUCAAUAAUACAUUUAUUUUAUUCAUUUAGCCAUUUAAACUUGUUUGAUAAAACAUGUAUCGAUUUUUAUUUUGACAAUUUAUAUAAUGUGAUUAACGAAAAGAAAAAUGAAAUAACUGCCUACCAGUGGUUACUUAUCAGAGAUACUAUAAAAAUAGUUAAUAUAAAAAACAAAACAGAAUGGAAUAUUCUUUUAGAUAAUGUAAAUACGUACACAAAUUAUGGAAAAGACUCAAAGGAUCAAAUCGAGACAAUACAUAUUGAUAUUUAA